AUGCAUAGACGUACUUUGAAGGAGCUCGAGGAAAAGACUUAUCCAUUCCUCGACUCUGAUGUGGUUGCCAUGUUGAAAGACUUGCUUGACAAAAAGGUGAUCGACCUACCUGAGUGCAGAUGGCCGAAAGAGAUGAAUCGUACUGAUAGUCCAAGAUUCGACAUGGUUAUCAUGAUGACAGGAAACAAGUUUGACUUGAAUCAUCUAAGAACUAGUUCAGAGGACGAUGGUCAGCCAUUGAUCGAGAGGGAAGGUCUUUCAUUUCUCGAGACAUCUGCACUGGAAGCAACCAACAUCAACGAGCUUAAGUUGAAGUUGCAAACGGUAAAGAUGGAUAAAAGAGAAGUUGCAGAAGCAAUUGGAGUCGAUGAACCAGGACCUGCAAGCUGGGAAUAA